AGGGUCGGGUCUCGGGAUCAAGCUGCGUUUACUUGCUUUGGUUUCCAUCUAUUUGUCCUUUUCUCCCUCCCGCGCAGGACCCAAAACCAACUGUUUCCUCUUCUCCUUUUCUUCAUCGGGUUUCCUUUGCUCAGAAGAAAUCCCCUUUCUUCUCUCUACUUCCACAAAUUCUUACUACGGGAUUGAUCUGAACAGCGAUGGCAGGUCGGUUCAGGUCGCCAUCCUCUGCAGCCAAGAACAUGAUCGUGACUAACACACCUGCGUCAGAUCUCGCCGUCACCAAUCUCGCUUUCUGCUCCCGCUCCGAUCUUCAAAGCUUCGCCGUCCCUGGCACCAGCCUCUUCCUCGCUAACGUUGGAUCCUUUGUCCUCUCUCUUGCUCCGCAUGAGAACAUUCGUGAUGGAUAUAUUGCAUUGAAUGCAAUCCAACGUCGGGAUGCUAGAGUUUCUACUGGUGAGCCGAUAUCCGUGUGCAGAUUUAUUCCUCCAGAAAAUUUUAACCUUGCAAUACUAACACUUGAAUUAGAAUUUGUGAAGAAGGGUAAAAGUGAACAGGUUGAUGCUAUUCUCCUUGCUAAGCAACUGAGGAAGAGGUUCAUUGAUCAGGUUAUGACAGCAGGCCAAAGAGUUUCAUUUGAAUAUCAUGGAACUAAUUAUAUUUUCACGGUCAAUCAAGCUGUUGUCGAGGACCAAGAAAAAUCAAGUGGAAUUGAAAGGGGAAUGAUCUCCAACGAUACAUAUAUCAUCUUUGAAGCAUCAAAUGCAAGUGGAAUAAAGAUACUCAAUCAGCGUGAAGCUGCCAGUAGCAACAUCUUUAGGCAUAAGGAGUUCAAUCUACAGUCACUGGGUAUAGGUGGCAUAAGUGCAGAGUUUGCCGAAAUAUUUCGAAGAGCUUUUGCAUCUCGUGUAUUUCCUCCUCAUGUGACAAAUAAAUUAGGGAUUAAGCAUGUAAAGGGAAUACUACUGUAUGGACCUCCUGGUACUGGCAAAACUCUUAUGGCUCGUCAAAUUGGAAAAAUGUUGAACGGAAAGGAACCAAAGAUUGUUAAUGGUCCAGAGGUCCUAAGUAAAUUUGUUGGUGAGACUGAAAAGAAUGUUAGGGACCUCUUUGCUGAUGCUGAGCAGGAUCAAAGAACUCGUGGGGAUGAAAGUGAUUUGCAUGUCAUAAUUUUUGAUGAAAUUGAUGCCAUUUGUAAAUCAAGAGGGUCAACCAGAGAUGGUACAGGAGUUCAUGACAGCAUCGUGAACCAGCUGCUUACAAAGAUAGAUGGAGUGGAGUCCCUAAAUAAUGUUUUGCUUAUUGGAAUGACCAACAGAAAAGAUUUACUUGAUGAAGCCCUUUUGAGACCAGGAAGACUAGAGGUUCAAGUUGAGAUAAGCCUUCCAGAUGAAACUGGCCGUCUGCAGAUUCUUCAAAUUCAUACAAACAAGAUGAAGGAGAGUUCUUUUCUUGCUCCUGACGUGAACCUUCAAGAGCUUGCUGCUCGUACAAAAAACUACAGUGGUGCUGAACUAGAAGGUGUUGUCAAAAGCGCGGUAUCUUUCGCUUUGAACAGACAACUAAGCAUGGAUGACCUAACCAAGCCAGUUGAUGAAGAGAAUAUUAAAGUUACCAUGAAUGAUUUUCUAAAUGCACUCCUAGAAGUUAUACCUGCAUUUGGAGCCUCCACAGAUGACCUUGAGCGUCGCAGGCUUAAUGGCAUGGUGGAAUGUGGCAAUCGACAUAAGCAUAUUUAUCAAAGGGCUAUGCUCCUGGUGGAGCAAGUUAAAGUGAGUAAAGAUAGUCCUCUUGUUGCAUGUCUACUGGAAGGGCCAAGUGGCAGUGGCAAGACUGCUUUGGCAGCUACAGUUGGCAUUGACAGUGAUUUUCCAUAUGUUAAGAUAAUCUCUGCUGAAUCAAUGAUUGGUCUUCAUGAAAGCACGAAGUGUGCGCAAAUAAUUAAGGUGUUUGAGGAUGCAUAUAAAUCUCCAUUGAGCAUCAUUAUCCUUGAUGAUGUUGAAAGGUUAUUGGAGUAUGUUCCAAUCGGGCCUCGGUUCUCAAAUUUGAUUUCUCAAACACUCUUGGCUCUCCUCAAACGACUUCCUCCUAAGGGGAAAAAACUUAUGGUGAUAGGGACAACCAGUGAAGUGGGCUUCUUAGAGUCACUUGGUAUUUGUGAUGCUUUUGCUGUAACUUAUCAUGUUCCUACAUUGAAAACAGAUGACGCAAAGAAGGUAUUGGAACAACUAAAUGUAUUUGCUAAAGAAGAUGUCGACUCUGCUGCAGAAGCACUGAAUGAUAUGCCUAUCAAGAAGCUAUAUAUGUUGAUUGAGAUGGCGGCUCAGGGAGAACAAGGUGGAGCAGCAGAGGCCAUUUACUCUGGUAAAGAAAAGAUUAACAUUGCUCACUUCUAUAAUUGCCUUCAGGAUGUUGUCAGAUACUAGUUUGUUGGCAUCCAUUUUCCUGGAUCGCAAUCUAUAGUCAGUGUUGGUUCUUUUUGCACUUAGUAACUUUUGCUCAUGCUUUUGUUUCCUAUUUCCCGUGUAUUAUCUUUUUGGUGAUCUGGAUACUGACAUGAGGUUUGGGGCAUCUUUCCUUUUUUACCUAUUAUGUCUUGGCCAAUUUUUCAGAAAUUAUGUUACCUUAUAGUUAUAAGUAGAAAUUAAUUUGAGUUGUAUUUUGAAAGUGGUUAAAGUUUGGGGCAUCUCCUCCUUAACCCUGUACGUCUUUCCAGUUCUAUUUUAAAAGCAUCUAUGGGAAUGGGGCUAUUCCUCCAGUUUGAGCUAUAUAUUAGCUUGAGAUCUUGAGUUCUGAUUUUGAAAGGGGUGCUUGACACAAAAUUCUGUUGUAUUCCAGGGACUUCUUUGAUUGUUAUUUCUUAAGAUGUGGUUUGAAUAACUAUUUUGGGACAAAGUAAAGUGUAACGAACCUCCCUAAGCUAAUAGAGGGGCUUGCCAUUGUGUGCUACAUUUGGUUUUUGUUGAAUUAUUGAUAAAGCCUUGUGCA